AUGAAAUUAAUAAUAGAUGGAAGUCACUUUAAUGCAGAUGACUUUUUAAAAAAGACUCUGAUGAACAAAUCAGUGGAGGAUUUAUUGCAACAAGAAUCGGCACUGAGAAAAGAAACUAAGAAUUUGGAUACAUCACUUCAAAUGCUUGUCUAUCAAAAUUACAACAAGUUUAUCACAGCAACAGAUACUAUCAAGAAGAUGAAACAUCACGUGGAAGGAAUGGAAGAUGAAAUGAAAUCACUUUUACAAAAUAUGGAUAAAAUUACUACUUGUUCGGAAACUAUUAACUCCAAUCUUCAAAACAAGAGAGACAAGAUUGAGAGACUUUCCAGUGUCAACAGAACUUUAAAGAAAAUGCAAUUCUUGUUGGAAUUACCAACAAGAUUGAAUGACUGUAUAGAAAUGAAAAAGUAUAAUAUUGCUGUCAAGUAUUACAAUAUUGCUAGUAGAAUAUUUAAAAAGAAUGCUAAUUUAUCUGGAUUUAAAAACAUUGAAAAGGAAUCUACUGAUGUUAUCAACAAGAUGAAGACCAAUAUUGAAAAGGAUUUGUUAAAUAUUGCCGAUGAUGAUGAUCCAAAGGUUCAAGAUUAUGUCGGCAUUUUGAUAGAUUUGGAGGUUCCAGUUGAACAAGUGAGAGAUUCCUAUCUGAAGGUCAGAUCAGAAUUUUUAAAGGCAGAUAUGGAAAGGGUAAUUAAACAAACAGAAUCAGCAAACACCAGUGAAAGAGUGAAAUCACUGAAUGCAUCAUUUUUGAAAAGAGUACAAUCAUGUUAUUAUACCUACCAAAUGACCUUCCUUACCAAUGAUCCAAAAAUUAGAAAACAAAUCACCAACGAACAACUUACCAAAGAUUUCAGUGAAUGGACCAAACAAUUAUUCAUUGGAUAUUUUGAACACAUUAGAAGUUUACUUCACAAUUCAAAGAGUUCCAACGAGGACUUGAAGUUAGCUCUCAGAUUAUUCUGUAAUGAAUCCGUUUCACAUAUUGUAGAAAUUCCAAACAACAAGCUUCAAGAAAAGGUUUACAAUUUAGUUGGUGACACUGUGAGAACAUUCUUAAUGAAUCAAAUGGAAUUGGUCAAGAUUAACACUGAGACCAAUAUUCAAAAGCUAGCCGAAACACCUGAUAAUACCAAAGCUAAUCAAUUAUAUUCCAUAGUUGAUGGAGCUAUUCAAAAUUUGAAAAAUGAUUUGGAAUCAGGAUUGGAUAAUUAUAGAGUUUUUAUCAAUGAAGAGGAUACUCAAACUCCACUAGGAUCCAUUAUGGCAUCAAGAGAAAGCUUUUACAAGAAUUGGAUUAGAUCCAUGUGUGUCGAGUUUAUUGAUUCUCUCUUGUUAUUCUGUAAGGAUUAUGGUACUCCUCAUAGCAAGGUUUCUAUUUUAACACCAGAAGAAUACAAAUUCCGUAAGGUGACAUGUGUCGGAGCUCUCUUAUUGACCAAACUUUGUACAAAACUUCCAUUGAGAGAUUUCAAGCACAUGCUUCGUGAAAAGUUUUCAUCAUCCGAAUCAGUGAGAAAGACAUCCUCAAGAAGUCGUAUGACAGAACUUGAAGAUGAAGAUACCUUCUUCAAUAUUGAAAAUAUGGAAAUUCGUAUCAAGGAAUGUACUUCCCACUUAAUUGUAUAUUAUAUUGAAAUUCAAGCCAGAUCGGUUUCCAAAUUAAUCAGAACUAGCAUGGAAUCACAUAAUUGGCUCGAUACCGAUGUUCCUCGUGACGUGAGAAGCUUUAUCAGAGUUACAGUUACAGAUCUUUUCAAUAUAAGGUCUCACUUGAUUGAAUUAUUCCCACCUAGUCAAAUUCAUGACACUGAAACAGAAAAGAGUGACUCUGGUAGAAGUGGCAGAAGUGGAAGAAGUGGUGGUGAGUCAAGUCUUUCAUAUGGUGGUUUGGAUUCAUCUUCUUCACUCAAAUAUAGUCAAAAUUCUGAUGCUGUGAAGGAUGUAAUGAGAAUUUUCAACAAGAAACUUUCAAGUUUCUCCAUCAAGACACCAAGAUAUUUCCAACGAGCAGGUGAUUCCAGUUUCAGUGGUAAUGAAAUUGUUACUGAAGUUCUCAAGAUUGUUUUAAAGACCAUGGAAGAAUGUGUUAGAGGUCUCACUUUUGGUAAGAAUGGUUUCCAACAAUUGCAAGUUGAAAUUGCUUUUAUGCAACAAAAACUUGCCACUCUGAUUGAAGAUAAGACCUAUCUUCCAUCAUUGGUUCAAGAAGUGAUGGCCAGUUGUGCAGAGAGAUGUUUUUCAGCAACCCCACUCGAGAAUACUAUUGUUCAAUCCAUUAUUGGCAAGUAUCUUACUGAGGAAUCUGAAAACAUGUUAAAAUAA